AUGACUAAAAUAACAGACAAUAUUAUUGCUAUCAAAAGGUGCUCUCAAAUAAAUUCUGAGAAGGACGAAAUGAAAAAAGACGUGAAUAGUAAGACAACCGAUAAUAAAACAUAUUACCCUGAUAUUAAAAAUUAUUCAGAAGUUGUUUGUAAUUAUUGUAAAAAGACAAUGUUGAAGAAGAGUCUUUUGAAUCAUAUUCGAGAGAAACAUCUCAAAGUGAAACGUCGCCGUAUUCGCAAAAUUCACAUAGCUGUCAAGUUCACAUGA